ACGUCACGAGAAACCCUUCUACUAUUCGCAUCCUGAAGUUGACAGCAUGAUGGUUCAGGCGAUCCAGGUGCUUCGGUUUCAUCUCUUAGAGUUAGAAAAGGUUCACGAGCUGUGCGACAACUUCUGCCACCGAUACAUCUCUUGUCUGAAGGGUAAAAUGCCCAUCGACCUGGUGAUUGACGAGCGCGAGGGCCCCAAGCCAGAGGUCUUGGGCCCCGGCGACUCGAACAAUAACGCCUCGGCAGUGGCUGCCGGUCGGGCGUCCGCCGACACCACACACACCGACGGCGCCUCCACCCCAGACGUGACUUCCUAUUUGGCUGAAUCGAAUCGGCCGCCGUCAUCGUCAAUGUCGUUUACUGGGGGCGCAGGCGGGGACGAUGCUCGGUCUCCUGGCUCGGGUGGCACUCCGGGUCCCUUGUCCCACCAGCCCGCCUCCCAGCAAUCGGCGGACAAUACCAGCGAAGCAGGUGGGUCCGAGAUCUCGACACUUGUCCGAGGACUAGCAGAUGCUAUAGGUAAGAAGAGCCCAGCUGGACUACACUCUCGCCUUUUUCACGAAUUCGAAGCAGAAAUGGCCGAUCAGCUAUUUUUGUCAGUAAUUUGUUUGAAUAUACACCCGCGAAUUCAGGUCUCGAGAGCAAGCCGAGAGCAAGCUGAGAGCAAGCUGAGGGCAAGCUGA